AUGGUAUGGUGUUCCGAGGUCCAUGGUGUGUCUCCCAUGGUAUGGUGUUCCCCGGUCCAUGGUGUGUCUCCCAUGGUAUGGUGUUCCCAGGUCCAUGGUAUGGUGUUCCGAGGUCCAUGGUGUGUCUCCCAUGGUAUGGUGUUCCCAGGUCCAUGGUGUGUCUCCCAUGGUAUGGUGUUCCCAGGUCCAUGGUAUGGUGUUCCCAGGUCCAUGGUGUGUCUCCCAUGGUAUGGUGUUCCCAGGUCCAUGGUGUGUCUCCUUUAA